CGGAGAGGCUCAGAGCCGUUUUCUAGUUUUAGACGGGUUCUGCCCCGGGGUCUCUUGCGAGGAAGAUCGAGGGCCGGUCUUCUGCCCGGUGGUGCCGCAGCCUUCCGGAACAACAGAGCUGUGACUUCGCCGCGCUGCACCCCCUCAGCUCAGGAUCCUGGGACAGCAAAACAGGUGCAUCCUUUGGCAGCUGAUUACGUCCUGCACUAGAGAGAAGUCCAGGGAUGAUACACAUUGGGGCUAUAUUUCUCCACCCUGUAAUUCAUCCAGUUCAUGCCUCUGCCUCUAUGAUACAUCUUCACUGAAGGUCUGAUGGAUAGACGCUUUCCAUCAACCUUGCAACUGUUCUCUUCCAUGUGGAAAUUGGAAGACAAGGUGAAAGGUGCCCCAGAGUACCUACUUUGUUGAAUAGGAGUGUUGCGCUUAGUUCUCAGAACAUGGGCCCUCGUUUAAAGCUGUGAUCCUCGGCUGUCUGUCGGCAUUGAAGGGACCUGAUGUUUUACGUUAUUGGUGGAAUCACAGUGUCUGUGGUUGCAUUCUUCUUCACAAUUAAGUUCCUCUUUGAGCUUGCCGCACGUGUAGUCAGCUUCCUCCAGAAUGAGGACCGUGAGCGCAGAGGGGACCGGACUAUUUAUGACUACGUGCGGGGAAAUUACCUGGAUCCCCGGUCUUGCAAAGUUUCCUGGGAUUGGAAGGACCCCUAUGAGGUGGGCCACAGCAUGGCCUUCCGAGUGCAUUUAUUCUACAAGAAUGGGCAGCCUUUCCCCGCAUAUCGGCUGGUGGGACUGAGAGUUCAUAUCUCUCACGUUGAACUAGCUGUGGAGAUUCCAGUGACCCAGGAAGUCCUCCAGGAGCUCAGCUCCAAUGUAGUCAAGGUGGCCUUCACUGUGCGCAGGGCUGGGCGUUAUGAAAUCUCAGUGAAGCUUGGUGGAUUAAACGUGGCCUAUAGUCCCUACUACAAGAUUUUUCAGCCUGGAAUGGUGGUUCCUUCCAAGACCAAAAUAGUGUGCCAUUUUUCUACUCUUGUGUUGACCUGUGGGCAGCCCCACACCCUUCAAAUAGUGCCCCGAGAUGAGUAUGACAACCCUACCAACAAUUCCACAUCCUUGAGAGACGAGCACAAUUACAGUUUGUCCAUUCAGGAGCUCGGUCCUCAGGAAGAAGAGACUACUGAUGUCACAUUUGAGAAGUCAGUGACGUCCAAUAGGCAGACCUGCCGGGUGUUCUUACGGCUCACCCUGCAUUCUCGUGGCUGCUUCCGGGCCUGCAUUUCAUACCAAAAUCAGCCAAUCAAUAACGGUGAAUUUGACAUUAUUGUCCUAAGUGAGAGCGAGAAGAAUACUGUCGAACGCAAUGUGUCCACCUCAGGAAUGAGCACUUACUUUGAGGCUUAUCUUUAUAAUGCCACCAACUGUGCCAGCACACCUUGGCAUCUUCCACCCAUGCACAUGAGUUCUUCCCAGCGCCGGCCUUCCAUGGCUGUGGAGGAGGAAGAUGAAGAUUCACCCUCUGAGUGUCAUACCCCUGAGAAGUUGAAGAAACCGAAGAAGGUGUACUGCUAUGUGUCACCAAAGCAAUUCUCAGUGAAGGAGUUCUACCUGAAAAUCAUUCCCUGGCGCCUUUACACCUUCCGAGUAUGCCCAGGAACAAAAUUUUCAUACCUUGGCCCUGACCCUGUCCAUAAGCUCCUCACACUUGUGGUGGAUGAUGGCAUUCAGCCUCCUGUGGAGCUCAGUUGUAAGGAGAGGAACAUUCUAGCAGCCACUUUCAUCCGCUCCCUCCAUAAGAAUAUAGGAGGCUCUGAGACCUUUCAGGACAAAGUCAACUUUUUCCAGCGAGAGCUUCGGCAGGUACAUAUCAAAAGACCACAUUCCAAAGUCAUCCUGAGGGUCAGCAGACAUGCCUUGUUGGAAUCGUCACUGAAAGCCACUAGGAAUUUCUCCAUCUCAGAUUGGAGCAAGAACUUUGAAGUGGUUUUCCAGGAUGAAGAAGCUCUAGACUGGGGAGGACCUCGCCGGGAAUGGUUUGAACUAAUCUGCAAAGCUCUAUUUGAUACCACCAGUCAGCUCUUCACCCGAUUCAGUGACAACAACCAAGCACUGGUGCAUCCCAACCCUAAUCGUCCUGCCCAUCUACGUUUGAAGAUGUAUGAGUUUGCAGGGCGGCUGGUGGGCAAGUGUCUCUAUGAGUCCUCUCUAGGAGGAGCUUACAAGCAGUUGGUCCAAGCUCGCUUCACCCGUUCUUUCUUGGCCCAAAUCAUAGGACUACGUAUGCACUACAAGUACUUUGAAACAGAUGACCCAGAAUUCUAUAAAUCUAAAGUUUGUUUCAUCCUCAACAAUGACAUGAGUGAGAUGGAGCUGGUUUUUGCAGAAGAGAAAUACAACAAAUCAGGUCAAUUGGAUAAGGUUGUAGAACUCAUGACAGGUGGAGCUCAAACCCCAGUAACCAAUAUGAAUAAAAUUUUCUAUUUGAAUUUGCUGGCCCAGUAUCGACUAGCCAGUCAAGUGAAAGAAGAGGUAGAACACUUCCUCAAAGGCCUGAAUGAGUUGGUUCCUGAGAACCUUUUGGCUAUUUUUGAUGAAAAUGAGCUUGAGCUGCUGAUGUGUGGGACGGGGAACAUCAGUGUGUCUGACUUCAAAGCCCAUGCAGUAGUCGUUGGUGGUUCAUGGCAUUUCAGGGAAAAGGUCAUGAGGUGGUUCUGGACUGUGGUUUCCAGUUUGACCCAGGAAGAGUUGGCUCGGCUGCUUCAGUUCACAACGGGCUCCUCUCAGCUGCCCCCCGGAGGUUUUGCCGCCCUCUGCCCCUCCUUCCAGAUAAUCGCCGCUCCGACCCAUAGCACACUACCAACCGCACACACGUGUUUUAACCAGCUGUGCCUCCCUACAUACGACUCAUAUGAAGAGGUGCACAGGGUGCUGCAGCUGGCCAUCAGCGAGGGCUGCGAGGGCUUUGGCAUGCUCUGACAAGUCUGAGCCACCCACUUGGCUCCCAUGCUUUCCCAAGCAUCUGGGUGCACGUAACAGACAUCACAGCCAUUGACCCUGACAUACACAAAACCAUCAGCCAGAAGCUGCUGCAUGCUCCCCAGUGUCUGGAGUAUUUGGUCACCUGUCAGCCUUGUCCUUCCUUCUCCCCUGCCCUGCCCACCCUUCCACAGGCCACUCUGGCAUAGUACAUAAUCUGAGCUACUCACUCAGGAAGAGGACCCUGCUGCUGUCAUUUCCCUUGGUUCUUAGAUCUCAGUAGUGGGAGCUGCUUCAGCAGCUGAGGGAAAUUACUCGAAGGACUCAGCUUUCUGGAAAGGCUGGUGUCCUCACCUUGCUCAGCCUCCUGUGCCGAUGCUCCUGAAGGCCCCUUCUGCGGCCCUCACUACUUGACCUGAAGUACUCAAGGCCUUUCUGUGGGCAGGGUGAUUGCCUCUUCUCGCCAGGAGCCAGGAGAAGCACAGGUAGAAAGGGGCUCACAUGCACAGUCUUUGGUUUUGUGCCUUUGCACAAUGGCAGACACAGGCCUUAGCACUGGACUACCUCUCACAGGGACUGAUAGCACAAGAGAAUCUUUUUUUGUGGUGUCAGAACUGGAAAAGAGCUUUCCCUGAAGGUAUUUCUAGAAAUGAUCAUUAAUCCAUAAAGAACUAUCUGGCUGUUUCUUGAGUUUGAGCAGGUGACAAAAUCGAACAGACUAAGAAUAUAAAAGAUAGCUGGGCAGUAGCUUCCAGUGCUGAGUAUGGUUUUCCUUUAGGGUUAUGAGCAUGCCUAGGCACACGCUGGCCCGAAGACUACUGAUACUUGCUUCUGAGUUUGUUCUUUAUACUGAGAUGUGGCUGGGCCUGGCCAAUUACCUCCAAGUUAGGCAGUCUGCCAAGAGCUGGAGAUGUUUUAGCUAUUAACUGAAGAAGUUUUCCCAGCAGGGGAUUGGGACAGUAACUAUAGUAUCCCAGCGGGCCCCAAUUCUGUCUUUCCUUGGUAUUCCCUGGUAGCACUGAGGGAAGGGAAGGGGGCUCAGUAGUCCAAGAGCUUAUUACAGGUCCGUGGGGCCAGGACACUGGGAGCAUCUAUAGAGGAGGUAGGCCAGGCAGUAAACAUCUAGCCUCCCUGGUUCACUCCCUCACUCAUCAGUCUCCAGCAAGGGGAACUAAGGAGGGAAGAAGAUAAGUUAGGUCCACUGUUACAUGAUGAUUGAAGAGAACCAGCAGCUCUUUCUUGGAAGAAAACAAUAUCCUUUUUCAUUAUGAUUUGAAUGAAAACAUUUUCAAGACUCAAUCUCAUCAACUCCCCAAAUUUAUGUUUUUAAGAAGGCUUUGCUGCAAGCUACCAUUCCCAAUGGGGCAUUCAACUCUGAGACUAUUACAAGCCAUCUAUUGCCAAAACCAGCAAGUACACAGAGUCCAGAGUUGCAGCAGGACUGUGGCAACACCUUGGCCUCCUGGAAGCAUGUCUGAGCCCUCUCGUUCCCAGGGAUCAUGAGGAGCAAGACCUCCUGAGUGACUAGAGUUCACUCGCCAACUUCACUCCUUUGCAGUUGUCAUUUGUCCUUCUUGGUGUGGGUGCUGACCUCACUCAUUCUUGGGGUCCAGGAUCCAGCAUCAGGCCUCCAUGCCACACGGUCACUGCUCUCCUCAGGGACCAGGACAAGGUGCUGCUGCUUGCUCCAGUGUUUUCCCGUGGGAUAUGUACAGGCAGGUUUCAUCAUCACACUGGGAAGCACGAUGCUGCCCCUCAGGCCAAGGGAGGGCUUUCCAGCUGGGGGCACGUGGACUGGUUCUGCUGUCUUUGGCAGUUGUUCCACUUCUGGAUUCUGCAUUCUCUUCUCCAACAGCCCUCCAGAGACUGAGGCUGGAGCACAACUUAAUUUUCUUGGCUCGACCUGUCAUUUUAAACUCCAGUCACAGCGCUUUGCAGAGCAUCUUGGGCACCAGUGCAGCCCCUGCUGGGGCAGCUUGUGUCCUUGUGACGGUCCGUAGCCCCAGGGUCUCUGUGUGACAGAACCCUUUGGCACUGCUGUGGUUUCCUAUUCUAGUUUACUUUCUCUCUCCUAACUCUAUUCAAAAGUGUCUGUGCUCUUUUGGGCCUUUCCUUUACCUUUGUUUUCUAAUCCUGCUUUGGUACCAGCAGUGUGGGGAAAGGUACAGUAUGUCAGAGAGGAGGAGGAGUUUCUGUUACUUCUUGGACAGCUUCCUAUCCACGUUUCUUAUUUUGGCCAGUUCUUUUAUUUAUGCCUUUGUGGCCCAGGUACUUGGGGGGCCAGCAAAUUUCCUGGCCUCUUAGUGUCUUUGGCAGAAGCCAGGCACCAAGUGAACACCAAGGAGAGCAUCAGUGUGUUACUAGAACUUCAGCAGAGACCACACGCUGCUGCAAAUUCAUCAGGCCAGGCAAAAGGGCCAGACAGUUGCAGUGAUAGUGUAAAUAUUUCAGUAAAUAAACAAAAUGUUUAAAAGGACUAAGGAGCAAGUAACUGCUUUAAGUAGCAAUUCAGGACUUAAAUUGGUGGUGGGAAAGGAAAAUAAAAAUUUAGAAAUUUGUAUUUCUCCAGUAAUUCCUUAAGAAGCAGUCAGCUUGGGCUAGAAUGUACACCUGGAGCCCUGGACUGUCGCAGGACUUCAUGCCCUUCACCCUUCUCUCAGAUCACUGUCCACACUGCCUUGUAGGACCACAGUGCUCAUUCACACAGCCAAGAGACAAGACAAGUCCUUGUGGUCAGCUCAAUGCAGAGGUGACCCUGUUAAUACUUUGUUGUUUACAGCCUUCUGAUUUAUGUACAAUCACACAUUUGUUUUCCAAUGCCUAACCCCUGCCCCACCAGACGUACGCAGGUUAUUUGGGCAUAGCACAUGAAAACGCUGCCCCUCAAAAUUUGCUGCUGGCAGGUGGCACCAAUUCUUUUCCAACCAAAGAUGAGCUUGGCAGGGAGAAAACCAGAUCUGAUUUUGGUCUAGAAGGAAAAGUGUUGGGGACCCUGCUUUAUUGGGGAAAUAAUCAUGGUGUCUUAUACAUUGGUUCCCAAUCUGGAAAAUCAAAACAAAAAUCUCCUUUGAAAUUGCUUUUAAAAUACAGAUUUCCCCCAUCCCCCAGAGCUAGUAAAUUGGAAUCUUAGCUUGAAAACUACUCUUCGAGAGCACAUUCUACUCCCAGCUCAUCAAGCUUCUGAGUGGUAUGAGAUGUCUUAAAGAAAACAAAAUUCUAUCCCUUUAACUUUACAUCUUUGGGUGAACGGUCCUGCAUUUUUUAAACUUGCUGCUCUUGUGGCUUUGAAUGGGUCAUUAUGAACAUUCAUCAUUGAAUGAUUUCAGGCCAUCAUGAGGUUAUUCUUAAGACUCAAGAGGGUGUCGGAUUGUUCACGAUAAAUACCAGCUUCUGCCUCUUGUGCGCUGUUCCCUCUGAGCCACUGCAGAUAGAGCUCUCAGACCUCUGCCCAGCCACACUUAGGACCACUGCAGUUUCUCCAGCAGGUGGCUUGAACCAGAGGGCUCCUUACCUCAACAUGGGCUUCACGAAGACCCUUAAGUAUACUAGACCAGAUCCAGGUUUCCUGUAGUACUUUAAAAAGGAAUAAUUCCCUUUCUUAUUUUGAGGUGCAUGUACAAAAAGUAAGCAAGCAUGUGCAAUUUAAUAACUACUAAGGCAGCACAUGGGUAACCACCAUCCAGGUCAAGAAAUAAAACAUGGCUGCACUGCAGUCUCACCCCUCUAGAGGUGACUCUUACCCAGCUUUUAAGACAGUUGUCACUAAUUCUCUUUGCAAACUGACCUAAACGUAACAGUGGAGACGAGAAAAAAGAGCCCAUGUGGUCUCCUGACAAGACACUAGCCAAGGUCAGUUUCUCCAUAAUAAUGAUAAUCACUACAGCUCACAACUUGUUUAAAAAGUCUCAUGAGAUCUUUGUUGCCCCAUGAGAGUCUCAGAUUCCUGACGCUGAGUCUGAUAAAUCAUACUCAAAGACUACAAGAUCUCUGCAAAGACGUCCCCAGAUGUUCUACAUUGGAAACUCCAUUGCUUUUAUACCCUGAACAGGUUUUGUGGGCUGAUCUAACAUGAUCGUGAUUCUCUUUGCUGAUCAGUGGCAGGUUCUUGAAUAUCUUAGAAGUGUAGUGGUAAUACUGAAAAUGACAGCACUAAAUUGUCUCAAAAACUGGAAUAGGCUAAUAUUUCUGACUCAGUACUGAAUCUCUGCUCCAUCUUACAGAAAGCCAUCCCAAAGUUACUAGAACUUCGGUUUUUUGUUUGGGAUGUAAAGGGGGUGGAUUUAGAAAUCAGUAAGGGGUAUUGGGAAGGUUUUGGUUUGUAUGUGAUAGGUGGGUCUACCUAGAGUUGGUAUAGCCUUGCUGUGAAUUACUUCUCCCCACCCUGCCCCAGGUUCAGUUCACUUUAAUUUUGCUUAUAUAAGAACACUUUGUGGUAGUAGCCACAGAAGGGACUUGGUUCUGUGCAGUGGAAUCAGGUGUAGCGUCUACAAAAUGGUCAGUGAAUUCCUGGUAAGGAGAUGUGGGAGUCUCUUUCCAGAAGUCAGAGGACUGAUAGCGGUAGGUUUUGAUGUGGCAUCAGAGGUAGGAUUAGCAAAGUUGUCCAGGUUGUCAGUGGAGCCCUAGCUUGUUAAUACCAGCCUGCUGCAGCAGCUUCUUAAAACAGAAGGUGGUAGCAGUGUUGGUACCUCUAGGAGCAGGGAUCAAACACAUCAGCACGUAACCAUAGUAACAAAUCACCUUACAAGAACUGGGAUUUCCCAUCAAGUUCCCCUUGUAGCCUUCCUUCAAGGAGACAAAGGAUGGUUUAUCUCAAAUGAAGCCUGGGGGUAUUGUUGCUACGUCUUCAGAGUACCCAGUGAGCAGGCCAACAUGGCCUUGGCAGUCCUCGAUGUCAUGAAUGCCUUAGAGCAGGUUUAGCUGCAAACCAGGCAACUUGCUGAGUUAGAAAAGUUGUAGGACUUUAUCUCUUAGGGAUGACUCUAGGAAGAAUGUGAUCUUGGGCUACUCAAGCAGUUAGAUGAGGGAAUGAAUUUCAUUUAUGCACCUCAUUGUGUCCUUGACCAAGUGGCCGACCCUGGUGACAGGAACCUACUUCUAGCCUAUGUUUCUGACUCGAGGAGCUCUGGGCCUGUAGCUUCCUCUGCAGCACAGGCAUCUCCUGUCAUUUGGCCUUUUCUCAAAGAAGAUCUCUUGGACAUGUUCAUAACAGUUGGGCAGAAUGAUAGAUAGCCAUGAACUAAUGAACAAACAUUCAUAUUUUGUUUUUAAUUCUCAUGGUUCAACCUUGGGCAGGACAAUCUUUUCUUUCUUUUUUUUUUAUUAAGGUAUUAUUGAUACACACUCUUACGAAGGUUUCACAUGGAAAACAAUGUGGUUACUACAUUCACCCAUAUUAUCAAGUCCCCCCAAAACCCCAUUGCAGUCACUGCCCAUCAGUGUAGUAAGAUGCCACAGAGUCACUAUUUGCCUUCUCUGUGCUACACUGUUGAGCAGGACAAUCUUGUAUCGGUUUCCUGAUCUGUGAAGUGAUGCUUUUAACUAAGAAAAAUAAUGACUUGGAGGUCUUGGAAAAAGCUUUUCCUACAGGGUAUGUGCGAUGCCAUAUUGACUAUGGCUUACCACCCAGUAAUUACCAUGCAGAAGGUGAUUUGGAUAUGGGGGCUUAAUUAUCAUAGCAGGAGGUGAUAUGGAUCUGGGGGCAGUAGAGGAUGCUAGAGUGGGUGACUGGUAUAGGACAGUGGCUCUUUUCUUACCUUAUCAUGUCCAGGAAGGCUAGAGAGAGUGGGUAUUCAAGACACCCAGUCCAAACACCUGUGAAGAGACCUCCUCUCCCUCCUUCAUGACCCCCUAAAGGCCAGAGGAAUUAUUUGAGGGGACUGCAUCUCAAACCUGCCAUGUGGUAGACAACCCAGAGAAAGGCAGCCUAAUACCCUUGGUGUAACUCAUCUGAUUAUUGAAUCAUAAUAAAUGCCAUUUUUUGAGCUCUU